AUGAAAGCCGCCGCCGCCGCAGCCAUCUUCGUCAGCUGCUUCGUGGCCGCGUCUCUCGGCGUCCCCGCGAGCCACCAUGUCGUCCACGAGAGGCGUGACGUUGGUGCCGUCAGCGGCCGCGUUGUGAAGCGCGCCGCUGCCAGCGCCGAUGCUCUGGUCCCAGUCCGCAUUGCCCUGAAGCAGCGCAACUUGGACAAAGGCAUGGAGUACCUGAUGGACGUCUCUGAUCCGUCGUCCAAAAACUACGGAAACCACUACACUCAGGACCAGGUCGUUGAUCUCUUCUCCCCCGCGCAAGACUCCGCGGAGAUUGUAAAGAGAUGGCUCGUUGAGCGUGGAGUCCCUGACAACCGGAUCACCUCUCCAAGGAGCAAAGGCUGGCUGGAUUUCAAGACGACGGUCAGCCAGCUCGAGGACAUGCUCAAGACUACUUACCACUUUUACGAGAACAAAAAGACCGGGAGCCAGCACCUGGGAGCCGAUUCCUACUCUCUGCCCAGCGAGGUCUCCAGGCACGUAGACUUUGUCACGCCCGGCGUGGUUCCGGUCAAGGUCAGGUCGCCGAGAGCCAUGCCCGGCCACCCUCGCAAGAUCCCCUUCGCCCCUUACCCCCCGGGUUUUACGGUCCAGAGCCAGGACGCAACCGACUGCCCUACACAUGUGACGCCGGCAUGCAUCAAGGCCCUGUACAACGUGACGGACGCAACGACGGCCGCCGAGGGCAACCAGCUGGGCAUGUUUGAGAGCGACGACGAGAUGCACAAGCAGGCGGACCUGGACAAGUUUUACGGACUGUACGCCAGCAAGGUCCCCAAGGGCACCGGACCCAAGAUCGACCUCAUCGACUGGGGCGAGCGGAAACCAGACCCGAGCCAGGCCCAGGGCGAGGCCGCCCUCGACUUUGACGUGUCCAUCCCCGUCAUCUACCCCCAGGGCACCGAGCUGUACCAGACAAAGUCCAACUAUGACGGGCAAUCGCACCUCGGCUUCCUGAACCAGUUCCUCGACGCGGUCGACGGCGCCUACUGCACCUCUGACGGCGGAGACGACCCCGACGUCGACGGCGCCACGCCCGACGAGGCCUGCGGCACGUUCAAGCCCGCCAACGUCAUAUCCCUGUCGUACGGCCUGACGGAGAACAACUGGCCGACCAAGUAUCUCAAGCGCCAAUGCGACGAGUUCAUGAAGCUCGGGCUCCAGGGCUCCUCCAUCGUCUUUGCCAGCGGCGACGGCGGCGUCGCGGGCGGCCACGGCGGCGAGUGCCUCGGAAACAAGUCCGACAUCUUCAACCCGGCGAGCCCGGCGUCGUGCCCGUACGUGACGUCGGUCGGGGCCACGCUGCUGCCCCCCGGGAGCGCGCCGGGCGACGCCGAGUCUGCCACGGAGCGGUUCGGCUCCGGCGGCGGCUUCAGCAACAUCUGGACGGCGCCCGACUACCAGAAGACGGCCGUGUCGGCCUUCUUCUCCUCGCACGACCCGGGCUUCCCGGCCUACAACACCAGCGACAACAAGAUCCCCUCGGCCGGCGGCGGCGUCUACAACCGCGCCGGCCGCGGGUUCCCCGACGUCUCGGCCGUCGGCGACUACGGCGUCAUCGUCCUCAACGGCCGCCCCGGCCGCACCGGCGGCACGUCCAUGUCGGCGCCCAUCGUCGCCGCCAUCCUGACGCGCGUCAACGAGGUGCGCCUCGCCGCCGGCAAGAAGCCCGUCGGCUUUGCCAACCCCGCGCUGUACCGGAACCCGGCCAUGUUCAAGGACGUCACCCGCGGCGGCCAGUCGGGCGACGCGGCCUGCAACGGCAAGGGCUUCUCGACCGUCGAGGGCUGGGACCCCGUGACCGGGCUGGGCACGCCCGACUUCCCCGCUUGGAUCGAGUACUUUUCCGGUCUGUGA